UGAAGUGUUGUCGACUUCCAAGAAAGACAGGGGGAGGCUUUAGUACACGCCCACUUUUUUGGGAAGCGGAAGAUGGACAUCUGUGUUUGCCGUAAACUGGUUCGUUUGGACGGGGCUCCAGUCGGUCGCAGCAGGAAAGAAGUCGCCGCAGACAUGUAACGCUGAGGGGAAACCGCUGUAAACAUCCAGCCGACAUGCGCUAAUUCGUCGGAGCAGCGACUGAAAGGUGCCGUCACGGUGCUUCCCCAGCCGGCGGCUCUGCUGCCAUGGAGGUGGGGAGCCUCCCCGUGGAGCUGUGGCGGGUUAUCUUGGCCUAUCUCCCCCUCCCCGACCUGGGCCGCUGCUGCCAGGUGUGCAGGGCUUGGCGGGAGCUCAUCCUCUCCCUGGACAGCACCCGCUGGAGGCAGCUCUGCCUCGGCUGCUCCGAGUGCCGACAUCCCAACUGGCCCAGCCAGCCUCACCUGGAGCCCGCCUCGUGGAGAGAAGCCCUGAAGCAGCACGCCCUGGCCAGCCGAACCUGGACUCGGAACGUCCCCGAGCUCCAGUCCUCUGCCUGCCUCCAUUUUUUCCGUCGACGAAAAGACCGUAAGGUCUGGCACGUCGGCCCCGGCUGUGAAUUUGAGACCCUGCGUGGGGCUCUGGGGGUGACGGGACCCUAUGACCGGGUUGUUCUCCAUCCAGGGGUCUACGAGGAGCAGGCUGAGGUGGCUCUGAAGGUGCCCGUGGAGCUGGUUGGUCUGGGGCGACUGGGUGAGGUGGCCCUGCUGGUGUGCAUUGAGCAGCAGUGCCCUACUGCCAGACUGUGCAACCUGGUGUUCAUGCCACCAUGGUUCUCCACUGUUGUCUACAAGACAUCAUGGGGUCACGUCCAGAUGGAUAAUUGCAACUUUGAGGGAGCUCAGCUGCAAAUCCGUGGCCCUGGAACCUGCCAGGCCCGUUUCUGCUCCUUCUCUCAAGGCAGCUCUCUCCACUUAUUCGGUGUCUUUCUCAGUUUAUUAGACAGCUGUGACUUCUCAGGAAGUGACACGGCUUCGGUGACCGUGGAAGGUCCCCCAGUGUCGGAGAGAAAUUGGGCUUGUAAACACUUGGCCGCCCUGGCCAGGACGUUCCCAUCUGGGUUUAUUAGCGCUCCUAAAGCCCCCCGGGCCGGCUCCACCGGCGGGCCUAACCCUGCAGGAGGCAAUGCAAAGAAGGAGCCCGUGGGCACAGAGGAAUGGAAAACAAGAAUGGGCGGAGAUGCGGUGUGUCAUGGAACUGUUAUUGAGGAUGGUUGGAGUGAUGGCGAUUGCAGCGAAGGAGAUGAUGAGAAAAAGGAUGCAAAGGGAAUCAACACUGCCAAAAAAAUGUUUACACUGGAUUAUAAAAUCCCAUACGAUCAUCACGGUCUGGCUCAUUUGUUGAAGCCUCGGGAAGAUGGCACUCUGCCAGUCGCCUCGUCGCCUGCUCCUCCACCUGUUACCCCAGAACCCCUCACCCUUCAAGAGGAGUUAGAGAGGGAUCCAGAGGCGCAGAUGAUGGCAGCAUCAACGCUUGGCUGCAUCGUCAGACGCUGCCUCUUCAGGGACGGGAAGGGCGGCGUGCAUUUGUCGAAUUACGGACAAGGUCGACUGGAAGAAAAUGUCUUUCGGGGGCUGAAUUAUGCUGUCCGCUGCAUCCAGAACGCCACGAUCGUAAUGCUGAGAAACGAGGUGUGCGAGUGCUGUGCGUCAGGAGUGUUUCUUCGCCUGUCUGCUCAGGGCCUGAUUGCAGAAAAUAACAUCCACUCCAACGGGGAGGCAGGCUUGGAUAUUCGGAAAGGAGCCAACCCCAUCAUUCUGUGUAACAAAAUUCACAGUGGUUUGCGCUCUGGGAUUGUCGUUCUUGGCAACGGGAGAGGUUCGAUUCGGAGCAACCUGAUCUAUAACAACAAGGAAGCGGGGGUGUACAUUCUCUUCAGUGGGAAUCCUGUGGUGAGUGGGAAUCACAUCUUCCAAGGCCAGGCCGCUGGAAUCGCCAUAAAUGAGAACGGCAGAGGGAUGAUCACCGAAAAUGUGAUCAAGGAGAACCAGUGGGGAGGUGUGGACAUCCGCAGAGGGGGCGACCCCAUUUUGAGGAACAACUAUAUUUGUUAUGGCUUCUCGGAUGGCGUGGUUGUAGGAGAGCGAGGGCGUGGGCUGAUUGAAGGAAAUCAUGUUUACUGUAACAAAGGCUGCGGCGUUUGGGUUAUGUCAUCCAGCCUCCCACAGCUUUUGGGAAAUUACAUCAUCCAUAACUGCAUGUACGGGCUGGCAGUGUUCUGCAGGAAAGAUUCAGAGAACAUGGAGUCCAGGGAGGGGAACUGGCCCGGACGGGAAGGAAUCGGUGAGGCUGGAAAUGGAGAAAGAAGAGGAGUGGAGGUGGAAGGCCGCGAAGCUCAUGAGAACUUCAACGAAGAGGGGGAACUCUUUGCUUGGGAGAGCGAUCUGGACAGCGAGGAUGGGCGGCACUCUGCUCGGCGCUCCAUCAGCGUGGCUUUAGUGGAGAGCAACUGCCUGAGUUACAAUGGAGCCGUCGGCCUGUACGUGAAGAGCAGCGAGGCCAUGAAUGUGUUUGCUAACCUCGUGAACAGCAACCGCGGCCCCGGAAUAGCCGUUCUGCAGAGCAGUCAGCUGACGCGGCUCGUUACGAACUGCAUCCUUGAGAACGAUCGAGGGGGCGUCACGGUGGAAAAGGACUGCAGGGUGGAGCUCCGCGGUAACGGCAUCUAUGAAAACAGGGGUCACGGCGUCAGGUUCAGCGGCAUUGGGCAGAUAGUGGAGAAUGAUGUUGUUGGUAACUAUGGCAACGGGAUCCAAGUCUCUUCAAGUGCUGAUAUAAAGGUCGUGCGUAACCGUGUUCAGCCAGCGCAAGGCUGUGGCAUUGCUCUCUUGGGGGCAGUAAAGGGUCUGAUCCAUGACAAUAUAUUGUUUGAGGGCCACCCAGACUACAAAAAGAAACUGAUUCAUAUGGACUCUGGCAAUGAGAGCUGUGUGCUGCAAAACAAUAUAUUAAGACACAAUGACAGUUGUCCAUCGGCCCCAUCCUCCUGGGUUUUGGAAAACCCUCCUCCUCGCCCCGCAGCCAGCUCCCCGUCUGGCAUCUCCUCAUCCCAGUUUCCAUCGCGACUCGGGCUCUCCAUGACCACCAGAGUGGGUGCUACCGUGGAAAGCGGUUGCCACAGCGGCAGCAUGUUUUGCUCUAUCCUGUGAACUUUGGCAAGCUUUUACGAACCACUAGAAUUGUGACUUUUUUUAGAGGCAUCUUAUCUAAUUUAAUCACUGCAUGGAAUGAGUGAAGUUUUCUGAUUUUUGCAGAAAAACUCUAAAGAUGUCAUUCCUUCUUGUUUAUAUGUGACUUUUAUUAAAUACCACUUCUUAAAAAAAAUAUAGACAAAUAAGAUUAUUAAGUACAUUUUAUCUUUGUAUCAUUCCAUAUCUUUGGGGAUCCAUUCCACUAUAACUCAUGCUCUCUUUUUCACCAUAAACUUUUUGUAAUCGCA